CAAAAUCAAGCUUCUUUAUCGUUGUCUUAUCGCAUUGCUUCUUCUUCUUCCUCUUCUUCUUUACCCCCAACCUCUUCUGCUCUUCCUUCUCACGGCACCCGCACCAGCACCACGACGUAAAUUCAGAUCAAGAAUCGGAUUCCUUUUUUUAUUAUUCCAAUUUCCUUUUCCGUCGUGAAUCCAUUCGGAUGACCUUCGGGGGUCUGGACCUUCCAUUAGGGUUUCAGUGACGUCAAUUUUUCGGCAGGUCGUGAUUGAUCGAUCCCGCUGCACUUUGGCUGCUCAUACUGUUUCAGGAUUCCAUCUUAGGGUGCUCAGAAUAUCAGUUUUGGUCGCUGAAGCUGGUACUAUACAAUUCAGGGUUCUUAGCUUGGACUGGGUUGACUGGAAUUUUCACAGUUUAGGAGAGAUGAAGACAAUUAGGGAUUGGGUUUUUUCUCAAUUAGUUUCUAUGUCAUUGGUCUCAUCUAGACCAUUGUCAGGCAGUGACAGUUUUUUCAGCGAGGGACUUCUGGAGGAAGAGUCUGAUGACCAAGGUUCAGGUCGUACAGCCAAUUUGGUAGCACUUCCACUACUUCCUGAUGCCUCACACACUUCAGAUGGUAACCAGGAAAAUCAGCAUAAUCCUUCCCAGAAGCAGGUUUCUGUUGAAGACUCCUAUGGUUCCCCUCAUAUGUCUGAUAAGAAAAAGCUGGACCCAUUGGCAAAGAUUGAGGGUCUCCAAGUUACGUUCUUGCGCCUUCUCCGACGGCUUGGGCAGUCACAGGACAAUCUUCUGGUUGCAAAGGUUUUAUAUAGAAUCCAUAUAGCAGCCUUGAUACGAGCAGGGGAAUCGGACUUGAAAAGAGUUAACCUUGGAACCAAUAGAGUCAAAGCGGUAGCCAUGAAACAGGAGGCAGAUGGACUGCCUGAAUUGGAUUUCUCAUUUAGAAUACUUGUCCUUGGAAAAACUGGGGUUGGCAAGAGUUCGACAAUAAAUUCUAUAUUUGAUCAAACAAAAACCAUGACGGAUGCAUUUCAACCAGCCACUGAUUGCAUCCAAGAGGUCGUGGGAACUGUUAAUGGGAUCAGAAUCUCUGUAAUUGAUACCCCUGGCUUCUUACCUUACUCUUCCAGUAAUGUGAGAAGAAAUAAGAAGAUUAUGCUAUCUGUGAAAAGAUACAUUAAAAAGUCACCCCCAGAUAUUGUUUUGUAUUUUGAACGCCUUGAUUUCAUCAACAUGGGCUAUAGUGAUUUCCCUCUUUUUAAACUUAUAACUCAAGUUUUUGGCACUGCAAUUUGGUUCAACACAAUCCUAGUGAUGACUCAUGCUUCCUCGGCUCUUCCUGAAGGACCUAGUGGUUAUCCUGUCAACUAUGAGUCAUAUGUGACUCAAUGUACAGAUUUGGUGCAGCAUCACAUACACCAGGCAGUGUCUGACUCAAGACUCGAAAACCCUGUACUUUUGGCUGAGAACCAUCCUCACUGUAAGACAAAUUUUAUGGGGGAAAAAGUACUCCCUAAUGGACAGGUUUGGAAAUCUCAGUUCUUGUUAUUGUGCAUAUGUACUAAAGUUCUGGGAGAUGUCAACUCACUCUUGAAGUUUCAAGGUAGCAUUGAACUGGGACCGUUAAGUACCACCCGACUGCCUCCUCUGCCACAUCUCCUCUCAUCUUUUCUACGGCGUCACUCUAUGUCAGUUCCAAAUGGAUUGGAAGAUCAAAUUGAUGAGAGUUUGCUUUUAGACACAGGGGAGGAAGAUGAGUAUGAUCAAUUACCUCCAAUCCGAAUCCUGAAAAAAUCUCAGUUUGAGAGAUUAACAGACUCACAGAAAACAGACUAUCUUGAUGAGCUGGAUUACCGGGAAAUCCUUUAUCUGAAGAAACAGUUGAAGGAAGAGUACCAGAGGCGGAGGGAGAAUAGGCUUUCCAAAGAGGAAAAUUUGGUGAAUCACAAUGAUUAUGAUAGCCAGCAGGUUCCUCCAGAGGCAGUUACGUUACCUGAUAUGGCAGUUCCCCCAAGUUUUGACUCAGAUUGCCCAGUCUUUAGGUAUCGUGGUGUGGUCACAAGUGACCAGUGGCUUGUAAGGCCCGUUCUUGAUCCCCAAGGAAUGGAUCAUGAUGUGGGCUUCGAUGGAAUAAAUCUUGAAACGGCCGUGGAAAUAAACAGGAAUGUCUUUGCCUCUGUCACAGGACAGAUGAGCAAAGACAAGGAGGAUUUCAGUAUCCAGUUGGAGUCUGCUGCAGCUUAUACAGAUCCCAGCGGGCCAACUUAUUGUGUAGGCCUUGAUGUACAAUCUUCUGGUAAAGAUAUGAUCUAUACAGUUCAUAGCAACGCAAAGCUGAGGAGCCUGAAACAUAACAUUGCUGACUGCGGACUUUCUUUGACGACUCUUGGGAAGAAGUAUUAUGUUGGCGCCAAGCUUGAAGAUACCAUUGCAGUCGGGAAGAGAUUGAAGUUUGUGGUUAAUGCUGGGCGAAUGGGAUGUCCUGGACAAGUGGCAAAUGGUGCGAGUUUUGAAGCUACUUUAAGAGGGAGUGAAUGCCCAGCGAGAAACGAUAAUCUCAGUAUGACAAUGUCAAUCCUCUCCUUCAACAAAGAAAUCGUUUUGGGUGCUGGUCUAAAGUCUGAAUUCCGGCCUAGUAGAAGCUUGAGAGUGUCAGUUAAUGCUAAUCUAAAUAGUCGCAAAAUGGGACAGGUUUGCAUAAAAACAAGUAGCUCUGAGCAUUUGCAGAUUGCUCUGGUUGCGGCUAUCACAAUUUUCAAGGCUAUGUUACGUAGAAAGACAGCUGAAAGUAGUAGGGAAGCAUUGGAGAGUGGAUAAGUUGUCAUUGGGGUUUCAAUGCUCUUUUUUUUUUGGUCUGGAAAGGGUACUAUAGCGGCAAAGCAAUCUACAUCUGGAACUGAGACACGGACCUUUGACCAUUAAAGACGACAGGACUAAGAUUUGGUUUUUUCAAAGAGCAUUCGCCAAAUAUUCCGUUGUUUAAGACCCACUUUGGAAGUUUGGCAAGAAAAUCUAGAAAGCCAUAUUUGUCUUUGUCAUUAAACCAAGGAUCUCAAUUAUGCGUCACUGCAAGUAUCCUGUCGAGCUGAUAGCUUUGGGCCUCUGAGCCAGACAAAGGUUUGCAUUCAACUAAAAUAAGGUGAUAACUGUACAUAAAAAAUGAGUCUUAUUUUUUCUUGUUUUUGGUGACUUGUAGAACAAGUGCAGAUCGGAGGUACCAAUGAAUAAUACUUUACACAAUGAAAAAUUUUCAAUCUUUUUUGAAAACCA